UUUUGAAGCGAUUAUUGUAGACUACCUAUAGUCUAUUACUUCACCAAGUUCUUAGGAGAAAAGAAAAAUUAAAAAUUGUUAAACAAAAUGUUCACCAAUUUACUACAAAGAACUUGGACAGUCGGUCAAAUUAUCAUUGCAAGACAGGCUCAUGCGUUCAACAGGGAUAUUCUGAAAACCAAAGUGCGCUGCCACUUUCCAAAGCCGCGUGAAGUGAAACGUAUAAACGUGCACGGGUGGGAAGCUCGUAUGGCCACCGAAGGUGGCAGGAGAACUUUAAUGAGACGCAUAUUAAAGGGUCGUUAUGUGUUGUCGCAUUAAUCGAAUAAUAUGGAAUAAAACACAUUUUGUUAAAUAAAUUAAAAGGUAUAUAUUUCA